AUGACUACAGCUUCUGAAUCGAUCCACUUCGUAGCAGCAAGGGAAAUCAUCCAGACUGCCCUGGAGAAUCGCAUCAAUCAGACCGCACAGACAUCGCUUGCAAACGCCGUUGGUCUAAGAUUCAGUCAGCUGGAUCUUCUGAGCAUAGGCCAAGACUACGUCUUCAUCAUCCAUCGCGACCUACUCUUACGAGACAUUCAUGACUAUCUUACCGGAUCACACAUGGGCCUGCAGAGGGUCUUUGUCAACAUCGACUACCACUUGCCACAGCCUGAGAUUAUGCCCAACAAUCGCUAUCGUCCACUAGAGGACUACGUUCGGGAAGUACUUCUGCCCGAGAUUGAAACCAGGGUCAGCUGCUGGGCCCAGGCAGAGGAAAAGUUCAGGGUAUUGGCCGUGCCCGAAAAUAUGUCGCUUGUGACACUCACAGGAUGGAUGUUGAGCUAUCCCAUAAACUAUAUCGUCCCCAAGAGAACAUUCCGGAAGUCUAACCCCCAGGAACUGUACCACAAGCAGGGGUCCAUGAAAGAUGACUACACUACUGCAUACGAGGAGGACGAGGACGAGGACGAGGACAGCGGUCGCAAUUGUCUUGCGAAUCAAGCCCUAGUCGUGACAGGAGUGCAGUUGGAGCCGAGCGAGGAGGUCGAAGGAUUGGGAGACCAUUUGAUGAUGAGCUUCACUUAUCCGGCCAAGUUGGCUGAACGUUGGAUCGAUCGAUCGGUCAUAUCACCGGAGCCACCCUGUUCACCUUUCAGCGAUGAUUAUGGUCAAGAGAAUGAUGAAGUCGACAGUGGCGAGGACGAGCAGUUUGUGGAUGCAAGCGAUGUGGAGUACACAGAGUCUGAUCAAGACGCUUCGCCGCAUCUGGAGUCAAAGAAAACCAUCCCUAUCACGAACUUGCCCAAAACGAUGACGGGAACUUGCGAUAUCUCGAACUCAGCAGAAGCACAACUCUUACCUCCUCAGCCUCAAGAACCAACUGCUUCCGCCAAACAGAACAUGUGUGAGCAUGUAGCCUAG